AGAAAUAGUAAGAAACUCUGAUUUAGGAAGAAAAAAUUUUGGGAGAAGCAGAUAGUUUGCAUUUGCUAUUGUUAAUGUUAUUUUGUAGAACGUGUAAUUUUACUUAUUUCAUCGCCACAAUUAAUCCGUUUUUCUUUUAUUUUUAUAAUAGUAAUCUGUUGAACCGAAAGCUAAUUUAUUGAGCAUAGGCAGUUAUGUUAGGUGUCAGUACUUGCUCACAGAAAACUAUUUUAUCAUAAGUUAUGUAAUGAAUAUCAUCGUAUCAUAAUGAGUAUUGCUUCAAGCAUUUCUAAACAAAUGGUCCAAAUAGAAGUAAAUCUAAUUUUAUCUAGAAUUUAGACAACUUACUGAUAUAUGUAUUUCCGGAUACAAACUAUUCUAACGUACAUUCAACAAAGCAAAAAGAAGUGGAAUGAAAAAGGCUUUGGAUGAAGUGUUCUUAUGUUAUAUCCAAGCAUACAUACAGUUGGAAAAAAUAUACAUUUGCAACCUUGCAAAUUAACAUUAAAUUAAUUUCUAUCAAUUUUGCAAAUUAACCAUUACAUUAAUUUCUAUCAACUUCACAAAUUAACCAUUACACUAGUUUCUAUUAAGAUUUUGUACACAAUUUUACAUCUUUUAGCCUGAAAAUAUUUAUACUCUUCUUUAGCUUAUCACAUUUAAACAUUAUCAAAAAUGAACGUACUGUUCCUUUUAUUUUAAAUGCAUAAUUUGUAGCAAAUAUUACUUUCGUUUAAUUGUAUGUCAAAGCAAACAUGUAUUAUAGAUAUAUCUACAUCGAAGGCUUUACAUCAUAAGAACCUUCAAUACGCUUGGCAAUAUGCCUCGAAAUAAAAAUGGCAGUCCAUAUUUAGAUCAUUCUUUUACCAUGAAAGAUGUCGGGUGAAGUUUGUUCGACUAUAGGAAAAUUGAGAUAAAUCGUAAAAAAACAAUUCUCAAUCGAGACCUCACAUAGCAUAACAUACUGGCGCAUAUUUUUUUAUCUUUGUUUUUGUCACUCGGCUUAAUGACUAAGAUAUGCUAGCUUCUUUCCUUAUGUUUUAUCUAGUUCCAGUAUUGUAUUCAUUCUUGCUGGAAACGUUGCGGUUGUUUUUUUGCUCAUACACAUCGACAACAGUUUCAGAAGACACUUUUCCACGCUUUAAAACACCAGUGCAUUUUCGAAGAUGCACAAAAUCGGUUGCCAUACAAACGAUAAUUGGGCAACCAUUACGAUUAAGAGUCUUGCCGUCCAUUAAAGACAUUGUUGAUGAAAAUGAAACGAAUUCAGGGGAUGUCAAAGGAUUUUCUAAGAUAUGGAAGUAUCUUAGGUUUCUGGGGAGAUUAUCGUUAUCCCUAUUUGGACUGUUCUGGUUCCUCACCACGUGGGCAAUCGUCGGCGCCAUCGUGUUCUGCGCCAUCGAAGGACCACGAGAACGCGAACAAGUCACAAAAUUAAAAGAUAUGCAAAACGAAUUAGCGGUUAGUCUAGCCACAGAACUGAGACAAUUGCGUACAGAAAAAGAGGAAGAUUUAGAACCACUUUGGAGCAACAAAGUACAAAAGUACGUAGAGAAACACGAAGAGUUUCUGUUAAAGGCAGUCAACUCUGGAUACGGCGAAAGUGGUGACAAUGGGGAACUUUGGACGCUUCCUGGUUGUGUCCUCUUUUCUCUCGCGCUUCUCACUACUCUUGGUUUUGGUGCUCCAGUUCCACGGACGACAAUCGGGCGAACGGCGACCGUCAUUUUUGCAGCAAUUGGGAUACCUGCACAUUUUCUACUGAUUAUGAAUAUUGGUCUUUUAUUAGCCGUACGAUUACAGAGGUACGCCAUAUCAAGGAAGUUUGUUGACUACGAUCAGUCGGAUCCUAAGUAUUUGGCACCGAUACCGAACUGGGUUAAGAUAGUACCAUUCGUUUUUGGAGAACAGGACUGCAGAAAAACUUGGGCUUUGCUACGAGACUCUUUCAGACGUGCCAUCAAAAAACAGAAAAAGAACAGCCAAGCAAAUAUGAUGUGCAAGAAAUGGAAGUAUCAAGAUGAGAUGUCUUUUCUAAUACCGUUUAUGAAAGAAAGAUCCAGUUUAUGUGUAUUGUCAUCUCCAGUUGACGAUGACAAUGAUUUCGAUGUUACGUUAGACAAUGAAACUUCGAUACCUUUAAUCGACUAUAAACCUGACAGAGUAUCCACGGACAAUGAUCCAUUUAAUCUAAAUAGUACAAGAUCUACGAUUCGUCCGGCUAAGCGCCAACGAAAUAAUUCUCUCAAAAAUUCUUCAACCGAGGAAACGUCUGCGUUACUAAUGAAAUUCAUAGCGGACAAUAAAAGGAACUGUGACGACAUUGAACAAUUCUUCGUUAGUAUGGCCACAACAGUGAGAUCGUUUCCGCCGCGAGAAAGAGCCGUAGCCAAAGCUAAGGUGUUUGAACUUAUAUCCAAAAUGGAGAUAGAUAUUCUGAGCAGUCCUUCCACUUCGCAUAAUCAAUCUGCGAUGCCCUUCUAAUAGAACAAGUAUAGGAAGCGACUUCCUAUUUAACACACAAGCUGAUGACCUUUCCAUCGUGGAUAUUUUUUAUCAGCAACACUUGAUCUAGUUGCAUGGAGCACCCUGUACAUUACAUAUCUCGUUGAACUAAUGUGGAAUAUCGGAACCUCCAGAGAGGAACCGUGAAGAAAGUGAUUACGGGUAGACGUGGUAGAGUAGCGAGUAACAUAGUCAGCUGCUACUCUGAACGUCCUGGUUUAAAUCCCGGGGGGAUCCAUUUUACGGAUCCUACAUUAAUCACAUUUUUAUACGACGGAAUAUUGUUUUUUAUACAUAGAAAUAUAUCUUAAAUAUUUUUAAGAAA